AUGGCGCGAGACUCCAACGAUCCGCAGUUCCUGCGCAUGACAAGGGACAGGAAGAGGUUACCUGUGAGCUCACAACCUUACGCGCAGUCCGUGGUUGACCUCAUUGAAAAAAAUGCCUAUAGCAUUGUUGUUGCAGAGACUGGAUCUGGAAAAUCGACGCAGAUUCCUCAGCUCCUUCUUGAUACCGCGAUAGACAACUCUGUUGGUGCUGAUUGUCAAGUAUUGUGUGUUCAGCCACGGCGAAUCGCGGCGAAAAGCUUGGCAAGUCGAGUUGCAGCAGAAAGACUCGAGCAAGUUGGUGAAAGUGUUGGUUACAUUCUGCGAGACGACUACGUACGCCCAUCUCCGGGGGGAAAUAUCACCUUUUGUACCUCGGGGAUUUUGCUAAAGAUAUUAAGAGAUGGGCUUGGUUUCCUAGGAAUGUACAGCCAUAUUAUCCUUGACGAAGUCCACGUCCGUGACGCGGCACUGGAUCUAGUACUGAUGCUCAUCAAAACCCGCAUUGAAGAACUCAAAAGUACUGGAGCUCGAGUGCCGAAAGUCACUGUCAUGAGCGCGACGGUCGAUGUCAAUCUCUUCUCCUCCUACUUUUCCAACAAGGCACCGGAUGGGACACUUGUGCCUGCUCCUCAUGUCACAAUCCCUGGGCGCACCUUCGAGGUGAAGAAGCACUAUCUUGAACAUGUGCUUGAAGACAUCACUCAUUAUCUGACGCCGGAGGCUUUAUCUGGCCUCAUCCAGGUCGCUGAUACAAAAUUAUUUCUGAAGGACCAUUUCAAAGCCUUCGGGGAUCCAGGAGAAGACGCAACGGAGGAACGUGUUCUACCGCCCGUAUCGUCCCUUGACGGCCGAACAGUACCUUCUGGGUCAAUAUCUGCGGCUGUUCUCUCAGUACUGUCAUCGACUCAGACGGGCUCUGUUCUUGUCUUUGUUCCCGGUAUGCAACAUAUUUUCGACGUGGAGAAACACAUCACAAAGUUUGGCCGUAACCUGGGAUUGGACUUCGACGACAAACAUCGGCUCAGAAUAGUCAAGCUUCAUGCACAGUUGCCAGAGGAACAGCUCGAGCUGCGUCGCGACAUGCCUCGCGGUUGUCGAAGAGUCAUCAUUGCAACUGAAAUAGCUGAGGCAUCUCUCACCAUACCAGACGUGCGAUAUGUUGUCGAUUCUGGCAAGGUAAACCAGACUGGGUUCACCGGUCUCACGGCAACUGAAUCAUUAGCACCUUGCUGGGUCAGUCAGAACGCUGCAUUACAACGGGCAGGGCGUGCAGGAAGAGUUCAGGUUGGAGAUUAUUAUUUCCUUGGACUUCAAAAACGGUUUGAUUCCCUUCCAACAUCUAGAGCAACAGAGAUCAGACGGAUGGAUAUACAGCAGUUAUGUUUGCAGGUCAAACGAUCGACUCCUGGAAUCCCAGGGACCAUCUCAGAGCUACUGGAUGGACUGCUUGAACCACCAGAGAAAUCAGAGGUUGAUGCUGCAGUAGCUGCCUUGAAGGAUUUGAAAGCGUUGGACGAAAAUGAAGAGCUCACCGAUCUUGGUCACAUUCUAGAUGACCUCAAUAUACACCCGGCUUAUGCCAAGAUGGCUGUUUUGGGCGUGAUCUUUAAUUGUUUGGACCCCAUGGUGAUCUUUGCAGCGCUUAAAAAAAAUAUGGAUUUCUUUGUGCGAGUUACCGACCCUGCGUUGCAGCUCAAGGUAAGAAAAUCGCGCCAGGCUUUUGGCGAUGGAACAGACAAUCCUCGCUAUGAAUACCUUGAAGCAUUCCGAGCCGUUCGAGAGGUGGAGCAUAAGAAAGGUCCUCGGGCAGCUGCUCGCUUCGCCUACGACCGAUUCAUCAACUAUGGGCAUUUCAAAAGUGCCUUACGAGAUACCGAGCGAAUCAUACAGGCGCUGUGCUUUAUUCGAAUUACCUCAGAGAAGAACCUGAAAGAGAAGACUGCGAACGGAAGACUUGGCAGCGACUCGAUGAACACCAAUUCGGGCAGUCUUUCUCUCUUAAAAGCAUUGUUGACGCACUGUCUCUCACCUAAUUUGGCUGUGAAAAGCUUCGGCCAGUCAACAUUCAGGUCCAAACACAAACCAAUUAUCAAACUCCGACUUUCCAGAACACACGCAGAAGCCCUCAAGAAGAAACAAAUUAUGACCAUCUACAACUACCUAUGGUCUGUGCCAGCCACGCCUUCAGUCAUGAAAGAACGUUUCAACGUCCGCCCGUUGACGACAGCCCUCUUUGGAGCUCGGUUAGAACAAACAGCCAAGGACGAACUCAUUGUGAACGACUGGGCAUUAUUGAAACCACGAACUGAAAUGGAUACUGGUCAAACUCUGGAAGAGAUAAUCCAGCUGCACAAAGUCUUCAAUGAGGCUCUUGAGACUAUCUAUGUGACCAUGUCUCGCAGGAAACCGCAGUCCAUCAAGUCUCAAAUCAUUUUUUCCAAGUUCCGCGAGCAGCUUGUGCAAUCAAUGAUGACUAUCAUUGAGACAGAUGCUGAUAAGCUUCGUCACACACUUCCCGCCGAGUGGAAGGAUGAGGGUAUCUUUCUUGAGGACCUAGAAGAUGAGGAGUUGGGGAAUGAUAAUGAGGAUUCCGAAGUGUAUUCCAGCGCGGAUUCUAGCAUGGACAGGGACGACAUAUAA